AUGAUGCUAAGAUCCGGUCUUGCUUCGUUAACUGUCAAUGUUAAUUUACGGCGCACGUUACGUCCAUGCGCACCAUUUUCUUACCCGGCGCAUCUUAGCCGUACAUCGAGAAGCUGCAUUAUUGCUUCUCCUUACUCUUCCCAUACAGCUUUAGGGUUUCGGAUUCAGAGAUGUAGCCACAGACUUUCCUGUUUUUCUUCCUCUUCGUCGGAGAAACGAGGAGGAUCACCGCCGUCUUCUAUCCGAUCGAGCCUCGUGUCGGGUAUGGGUCAAGACCACGCCGUCACGGCGAAUCGGAAUAGUUUCAAUGGUCAAAGUCAGCUUGACGGUGGCGAGGAUUCUUCUCCGCCGCCGCAAUCAUCUUCCAAACUUCUUACAUUGCCCACCGUAUUAACCCUUGGCCGUGUGGCUGCGGUUCCGCUUCUCGUAGCAACUUUUUAUGCAGAUGGUUUGUGGGGAACAACUGCUACAACAGGCAUUUUCAUUGCAGCAGCCAUUACAGACUGGCUUGACGGCUAUAUUGCACGCAAAAUGAGGUUAGGCUCUGCUUUUGGUGCAUUUUUGGAUCCAGUUGCAGAUAAGCUUAUGGUUGCAGCUACGUUGAUUUUACUGUGUACGAAACCUAUCGAUGUUGCUGUACUAGGACCAGUGCCAUGGUUAUUGACAAUACCUUCUAUUGCUAUCAUUGGUAGAGAGAUUACUAUGUCUGCAGUUAGGGAAUGGGCUGCAUCUCAAAAUGGAAAGCUUUUAGAAGCUGUUGCUGUAAAUAACUUGGGCAAGUGGAAAACCGCUACGCAGAUGACAGCCCUAACCAUACUUCUUGCAAGCCGGGAUAGCAAUGUUGGGUGGCUUGUAGCUUCGGGUGCUGGCUUGCUUUAUGUAUCAGCAGGACUAUCGGUUUGGUCUUUAGUCGUUUACAUGAGGAAGAUAUGGAAAGUGCUACUGAAGUAG